AAGAAUAAGAUAAAUUAAUAAAUUAAAUAAACAAAAAAAAGAUUAAUUUAUCUAUAGUUAUAUAUCUUCUAUCUCACUCAACUUAAGAUAGCAUUAAGCACAUUACAUUAUACCAUGUUAUUUAAUUCAGAAGUCUCUAUUUUUCCAAAUAGAAGGAAACUAAGAAAGACCAUUUUUGUAUCUGAAUAUAGCACUGAAAUUGAUUCUGAUAAUUCGCAAAACAUAGAGUUAAAUAAAACUAAUUAUUAAGAUGGCAGAGUUUAAAGUAAGCAGAGAGGAUCUUUACUCUAAAACACAAAAUCAGAAACUGAACUACACUCCGUUGGAUUGUAAAAGUAGAGUUAUAGCUUCUAACCAUCUGCAAACUAACAAGAAGACCAAUAAAAUGUCAUAACUCAACUUAUUCCUGCUCCCUAAAAAUUUCAUAAUCACAGAUAUUCUUUGAGUUCUUUUGAUAAAAUGGAAAAUGGAUUUUAAUCUAGCAGCUCUCGCUAAUCAGUUUAAUUGUAACAAGCAGGAAGGAGAAUAUCAUAUAACGAUUUUGAAAAUAACGCUUAGUAUAGCUAGUAAAUGCCUCAGUUGAAAAAUAAAUAUAUAAAUUUUCAUCCUUAAGAAGAUCUGAACAAUAAUAACAAUUUUCCUAAUCAAUCCCAAUUUAACAAAAAUUAUUUUUAUCCUGCUUAAUACCCUUAGUAAGACAUUCGUUAAACAAAUACAUAAAGUUCUUCUUUAAACUACAACUUUUCAAACUAAUAUAGCUUAAGAGGAACUCAAAGUGGAUUUUUACUAAAAAAUUAGGCUAAUAUAUUUUAAGAAGAUUAAACCAAAAACUUUCAAGUGAAUCCAACUAAAAAUGCUUAAAACACUCUACAUAAUAUUUUAAGUGGCAAUAACCUAAAAAACAAUAAUUAUAAUAAUAAGUAUAUUUAAACUAGGAUUAAGAGCUUAAAUAACUUAUCAAGUACUCUAAAGAGGAUAGAAGAAUUGGAAACUAAUACAUCUAUAAAAAAUGAUUCCAAUAUCUCAAUAAUGCAAAAGAGUGAUAGAAUGAUUUAAUUUGCAAAAAAGCAUGAUACUCCUAUCCCAAAUUUGGUUGUUUCACCAAUAGAUUUGUUAAAAAAGUAACCUUCAAAAGGAGUUCUUAAAAAUUCCUCAAAGAUUCUUAUCAAGUAAUAAUUACCUAAUUUAACAAGUUAGUUUUUAAAAUAAGUUUAUUUAAUAUAAAAAUAUAGUUCGCAAUCUAAUAUUGAAAAUUACGAUGAAGAUGAAACUAUUCAAUCUAUGAAAGAUAACCUCAGCAGUAAUAAUAAAUCUCUUGGAAAUCUACGCAAUCUAAAGAGAACUCCUUCCUCUUUAGAAGAAAUACCUGAAGUAGAAAUAAACAAUUAUAAUGAUAUAAAUUAGAACUAAGAUUUUCUUCCUAUCCUACAAAGUGUGUAACCUAGAGUAAGGAAAAUAAUCCGAAAUGGUACAGUUAUUAAAAAAGUAUAAAAUGACAUUUAUGAGCAAAAAGAUGAUUAAUCUAUAUAAUCCGAAGGAGUUUCACCAAAAAAAAAAUAAAUGGGGUAGUCUAAUAUAUUUGGUAAUGCAUAAAGUGAUGGCCGCUUGUUCGAAGAUGUCCUAUCAAGCAGUUCUUCUCCUAAAAAAAGAAUAUCAAAAAUAUCAAUGAUCUAGCCUAUCAUUUGA